GAAAAAUCUCAUCUUCGGACACUCUCCACGUGUCAUCAUGGCGCGGGAGAGCCAGAAGCUGUUGCAGGCCGAGGAGGGCGCCGCGGGCGCGGCGACCAACGGAUGGCCGGUGGUCCAGCCCUUGGACGAUCAUAGCACACUCUUUUGCUGUCCAUGGAUUCUCUUCAUUCCGAUUCCGGCCAUCGCGGCCUCUUACCUCUUCGGUUUGACCGUCGUCCUCUUCGCUGUUCUCCUGGUUUUCUUGGCGCUUUGCUGCGGCUUCCCACUCUGCUGCGCCCGGUUAUACACCUGGUCCUGGAGCUUCAAGCCUUACAGGUGGCCGACGGACUUGUACGAGAAGCUGCUGUACCUGGCACAUAUGCUGAAUCCAGAAAGACCCACCGUGGCAGGCCCCGAGUCCAUGCCGGUCGAUAGCUUAAAACCACGUGGCGAGUUGCCCAAGGGUUUCCUGGACUUUGCGCUCUUCCUCCAAGUGCCCUUUGCCAAUUCGGAUGAAUUCGGCAUCGCCGAGACACCGCUGUUCAUCGAGAAGAAUUUGUCAGUGUUGCCGGAGGGACAUCAUCUGGAAAACUUCGCACCGGACGAAAGUCCGGUGGACUUUGUGAUGAAGCAGAUGUCCGCCAUCUACCCGCAGAUCUACCAGGACUGGCCGGACAAACUUAGCGACAAAGCUUUGGUACGUUUUUGUUUGCACGGUCUCGGUGCGCAUCGCGUGGACGUGGAGAUGCGCGAUGGGCAGAAGUUGUUUGUGAUCAAGACCAAUGCCCUGGCGGGUCUUCCCGUCAAGGAGGGCUUCGAACGCUGUGGAGGCCACAUGGCACACGUGGGUGGCACAGCAUGGUGGAGCUGCAAAGGAAUGGUUGUUGAAGCGAAAUGGGACGCCAGGGGCGUCUAUUGGAGGAAGACGGCCCCAGGGACCCUAAAGGUGGAGGAAGCGGUGGAAGAGCUGCUGUCCAUGGGCCUGCAAUACGAAGGCCAAAAGACAGCUACGGUAUGUCACACACUCCCAGGGAGCAGAGCGGCAGCCGCGGCCGACAAUGCAGAGCGCCGUGCCGACUUGGAACCUCUUCCAGAGGCUGAGCACAUGGCCGACAACUAUGAGGCAGCAGAGUCCGAGACGGGCACCAAUGACGAGGAGCGGGCGAAGUUCCGCUUCCGCAGCUCGCUCUUCGUUCUGGUGACGCUGGUCGAUCACCUCUAUGACAUCCACCUGCAACGUGCCAACCUCUUCGUCACAGCCAUCCGCGAGAAGAUGUCGUCGGAGCAUCCCAUCCGGCGCUUCAUGUCGCCCUUUACGUAUCGAACUAUUGGGGUCAACGACAACGCCUUCCAUAACCUCAUCAAGAAGGGAGGUUUGGGGCCACGAUGCUUCGCGUUCACCGAGCAAGGCUUCGGUUUGGCCUUCGCCGCAGCCCCGUCGCUGGUGAACGGCGCCGAAGCAGCGACCGCGGACAAGGGGCCCAUUUUGUUUCGCGACGAUUAUGUGGCAUAUCUGAAGAAGAAGGGUAUCGAUACCGAGUAUUGGCGUCAGUCGCUGCAAAUAUAUCAGAUCUAUUUGCGCUUCGUCAAGGGAUACCUGGCGUGUUACUAUCCCAACAAGGAGGACUUGGCUAAGGACUUUGAAAUGAAAGCCAUGGCAAGGCAGUACUUCUUCCAGUUGGAGAUGGCGUCUCCAUCGAUGCUGGGCCGUUCCGGUCCCGAUUUCUUCGAGCAAAACACGCAGACGGUGGAGGAGACCUACGAGUUCUACGCCAAGUGGUUGGCGCAGAUCAUGCUCUACGUCACCGCAGGACACGAGCAGGCCGGCGCCGUCGAGG